AUGAAUAAAAAAGACUCCAGCCAUAGUUUAACAAAACAAGACAGCGAUUACUUGCAACUACUAGAUACCAAAAUGGAGCUAAGUCAUAAUACAUCAGAUCAAAAUGGAUUUUACACAUAUAUGUGUCAGCUGAACGAAAUCAAGCCAACCGAUAUUGAAAAAAUCAUGGUCCGUUGCUUCAGCCGUCCGUCCCAGGAGCUCAUUGAUGAAGUUAUGGAAGACGAACCACGACAUAUAGAAAGAAUGCAGGCAAGUCAUGAGCAUAUUGAAUCAAAAAAUGAUGACUCGUUGAAAGAAACAGACGCAUCAACAGCUUACCCUUCAUCAACGACUGACGAGAACAGCGAUUGUUCUGAAACUGAUGAUUUAUCUGAUGAAAUUAAUAAGCCAAGUAUAUUAAGACUCACAAAAAUGAAAUGGCUAAGUGAAAAUCAAUCGGGAUCCAUAGAUUCUAGGUCUCCGUGUCUAUCUCCGAAUCAGUCAUUGACGGGAUCUUAUGUUGUUAGUGAUUCUGAAGAAAACAUUGGAUCAUGUAUCAGCCUCGGUGAGAAAUGUCUGUCAACUAUCCUACGGUUGGACAAAGAACACAAUAUGUUUGGGUUAUCUAAUAUAACCAUCGUUAAUUCAAAGUUUUCGAGGACAAGCCGCAAGAAGGAUGAAGGACCCGUUUUUCCUCAAACCGCUAUUAUACAAAUUUGCUGUGGAAGAGGAUGUUGUAAACAUAAGAGCAAUACAGAUCUGCCGUCUUCAUUGAAGUGUGGAAGGUACAUCUGUGCCGACCCCUAUUGUUCGAUGUGCAGUAAUUUUUGCGGAAACCCAUGUUAUUCAAGUAGUAUAUGCACAAAAGAGAGCUCACAGUGUAAGUCCCUGUGUUCACCGUCAAAAUGUUUGGUUGAUUGCAAUACCGGUUUAGGAUUAAAGAUCGUACUGAAAAGGAAGCCGAAGUAUGAACCUUUACCUAUUGAAAUAACGCCACGUUCCAGUUGCGUUUUACAAAAGCCUCAAGCAGCGAGAUCCUGCCACCAUUCACCGAGAUGUCACCCACCAUCGUCUUGCUUCCCUUACCUAAUGCCGUGUUACUGGCCGCCACGAGCGAGUGCACCAUGUAACACUCCAGCAAGAUGUUUUCACAAUCCUCCUUGUCUACCGCCAAGAAGAAGACAGGCGCCGAUACCAUCGGAAUAUUUGUGUCCAACUGAUAAAAAAUGUAUAGACGGAAAUAAAAAGACCAAAUGUCCAAAUCCUUCAUGUCCUGGGAAUAAUCCUACAAUGAAGAAAGAGAUCGAGAAUCGGUUCGGCAAUAAAAAAUAA